UUCCACCCCCCACCCCGAGCCACAAGACCGACGUCUGCCGUCACCCGUCUGCCGAUGCGGACCCUCUCAAUCCCCGGAAGCCAGCUGGCGUGAGAGCUUUUCCCGGCCGGCGCCUGACGCAUGAAAUUCCCCUUUUCGUGUGCGUGAAGCUGCACUGACAGCAACUCGCCGGGAGACGGCAGCCCUCAACCAGACACACAUCCAACACCCCUACGCUUAUACUCCCGAAGACGGAGGAGGAGGCAAACUAUGAACGAGGAUGAUUUCUGCUAAGAAAACUCCAGAGAAGAGUCGCUAUCCUGUCCACUAUCUGGUGUGGCACAACAAGCACCGGCAGCUGGAAAAAGAGCUGACAGCCAACGAGCAGACUGAUUUAGAGUCUGUGGACCCCCGGGGUCGAACUCCUCUCCACCUGGCUGUCACACUGGGCCACCUGGACUGUGCCAGAGUUCUUCUGCAGCAUGGAGCUGAUGUCAGCAAGUUGAACCGCAACGGCUGGACUGUUCUUCAGGAGGCAGUCAGUACUCGAGAUCCGGAGCUGGUGCGCCUUGUGCUGCGUUACCGUGACUACCAGAGGACUGCCAAGAGACUAGCGGGCAUCCCCGUCCUGCUGGAACGACUGCGCCAAGCCCAGGACUUCUAUGUGGAGAUGAAAUGGGAGUUUACAAGCUGGGUGCCCCUCGUGUCUCGUAUCUGCCCCAGUGACACCUACAGGGUUUGGAAGAGUGGUCAGUGUCUCCGUGUUGACACAACUCUCACCGGAUUUGAGCAGAUGACCUGGCAGAGAGGAAAUCGGAGCUUCAUUUUCAGGGGACAAGACUCCAACGCAGAGGUGAUUGAGGUCGACCACGACAGGCAGCUGGUGUUCUGUGAGACCUUGUGUGUCUCGUCUCUCGCAGCGUUGUCACCCGGCCGUGGCAAAGGCGGCGCCUGCGGCAGUACGGCUGCCGGUUUGGGCCUGCUGGGGGGAGCGCAGCCCACUGAUGAGCAGGUGGCGGCCCGACUGUCUGCCGCUGUGGUGACCACUCAGCUGGACACUCGCAACAUCGCCUUUGAGAGGAACAAGACAGGCAUACUGGGCUGGAGGAGCGAGAAGACCGAGACUGUGAACGGAUAUGAAGCUAAGGUGUAUGCUGCAUCAAAUGUGGAGCUUAUCACCAGGACCAGAACGGACCACCUGUCAGACCAGAACAAGAACAAGAUUAAAGGUGGGAAGACUCCCCUCCAGAACUUCCUUGGGAUUGCAGAGCAACACAUGGGUCCGAACAAUGGGGCCCUGGUGACCCAGAUGUCAACUCCGGCGGUGACCAACCCUGCAGCGCUGACCGCUGAGGAAUACUUCAACCCCAGCUCUUCUCCCACGCUGAGGGACAUUGGCCACCAGUGCCAACUCACCACCAAGACCCAGAGAUUCAAAGCAAAGCUGUGGCUGUGCGAGUCCCAUCCUCUAUCGCUGGCAGAACAAGUGGCGCCUAUCAUCGACCUGAUGGCCAUUUCCAACGCCCUGUUCGCCAAGCUGCGUGACUUCAUCAUGCUGCGCCUGCCUCCCGGCUUUCCCGUCAAGAUCGAGAUCCCUCUUUACCACAUCCUGAACGCCAGGAUCACCUUCAGCAACCUGAACGGCUGUGAGGAGGGGGCAAGCGUGCGUCCUGACAACGAAGCUGGGGUGGAAGGGUGCGGACAACGGUAUACCUUGAGGACGGACACGCCCUCGCCUGGCAGCGACUCAUCCAGUGUCUCCAGCUCCAGUUCCACCAUGUCAUGUCGAGCCGGAGAGAUCCCCCCUUGUGUCUUUGAGCCCCCGUCUGGAUACACCGUGCUUGGAGGCAAGCAGAGAGACAGCAUGAGGGAGGAGGAAGAGGACCUGCUGCAAUUUGCCAUUCAACAGAGUCUGCUGGAAGCCGGCUCGGAAUACGAUCAGGUGACCAUCUGGGAGGCUCUGACCAAUAGCAAGCCAGGAACGCACCCGCUAUCUUGUGACCCCAGUCGCCUGGAGAGGGUCCCCCAAACGAAGCCUCGCUCCCCCUCCAGCCUCUCCUCCACCCCCUCCAAGAAGCAGCAGCAGUCGACCGCCCGCAGCUACGACGAGCAGCUGCGCAUGGCCAUGGAGAUGUCGGCUCGGGAGCAGGAGGAAGCGGAGCUUCGGCGACGGAAGGAGGAGGAAGAGCUGCUGCACAUCAUCCAGCUGUCACUCAUGGAGAAUUGAGCUGGCGAGUGGGCCAACGAGGUGUUUCAAACAGCGUAAGCACACUUUUCAAAUGACUUGGGGGCGCGGGCGGGGGGACAAUGACUGUCGUGGUUCGACAGGCCUCCGUGAUUCAGCUUUCUCGUAAAGCCAGAGGCUGAUCAUCAUGACGCGGAUGGUCGACACCAGUGUUCUGUCUCCGCAUGGCACUUCUUCUCCAGUGCCAGUUUACAAACAUCAACAACAAAGACAAAGGCCAAAAAUCAGCCGGUGGAAGUGACAUGUGAAUGUUGAACCCUUUGACCCAUAAUAACGACAAUGAUGAUAAUAAAAGUGGCUCAGUUGUAGUUAGUUGUAUCUUUUUUUUUUUUUCUUCUCGUAAUUGCACAAAACCCAAAUGUACUGUAUUUACACUGUGGUUGGCUCACAUAUGUGACUGAGAACGGAAGUACAGUAGAUGUGUAGGUGACAAGCUGGAGCACAAAGUAAACUGCAGGAGCACAGAUACGAUUCCUCGAUUACGUUUGCUCGACAUUCGGCGUUUCGCACGGCAAUCUGACGUGAGCCAAGACAAGAUUCUGCCUUCACUUCGAGCCGCUCGUGCUGCGGUGACACUUCACUUUUGGAAAGGCAGAAUUACAUUUACAGCUUUUCCAUUGGAUCACAUUAGAGGUGUACCUAAAGAAAUGUAUGAUAUGGAGCAUCCUGAACAUUCUUGUCUCCAAAAUGCUAACGAGAUGUUGUUUGAAUGUAAAUACAGUACUAACUGAAAGGACAGACAUACAGUUUUGAUACAGACGCAUCACUUUUACAUUUUACUUUUCACACCAAUAGCAGCACAAUUUGAGGAGUCACGUUGCUCCUAUUUAAUUCACAAAUAUUCUUAUCAGCUUGAUAAGAAAGAUAUUGUUUUUUUUUUGUUAAAUCACUUCAAAUGUUUUUAUGAGUAUGCUAGUCAAAUAAAGGAACAUCUUUUCAUAA